AGUAAUGACGGCAUCAGGGGAUCAGGAGAAACUCAGCUGUUUUCUCUGAGCUGAAAUGAUACUUGAAAUUUAAGAUGUUAGAAAUUCAUUCUUGAAACCUCUGAGUUUUCUCUCCUUUCAGCCUGCUGCAGUAGUAGUAAUCUGGAGGCCGAUUCGAUUAACCGACUAGCCUGGCUCUGGUCGUUGACGCUGUGAGGGGAAGUACGGUGGCCGGCAGGCUGAAACGCGCUGGUAGUGCGGGGAGCUGCAGCCAUGGAGGGGGUCACCGUCGGCCAGGUGUUUGACGCGGAGUGUAUCCUCAGUAAGCGGCCCAGGAAGGGAAAGUUCGAGUACCUGGUGAAGUGGAGAGGAUGGUCCUCCAAGCACAACAGCUGGGAGCCCGAGGAGAACAUUCUGGACCCCCGGCUGCUGGCUGCCUUUCACAAGAGAGAACAGGAGCGCGAGCUUCUGUUUCAGAAGAAGGGAAAGAGGCCGAGAGGACGACCUCGAAAGAUUCAGCCAGCACCCACCGUCACGAAGGACGACCGCUCCUCGUCCUCCUCUUCCUCUGGCCUGUCAUCAACCGCCUCCUCGUCUUCCUCAGAGGAUGAAGAGCACACAAAAAAGGUGAAGCCCGCCCCCCGCGUCCACCCCGUCCCUCAGAAGAGGCCUCAGAUCCUGCUCGCCAAACCCGACACCCCCCGAAAGAAGAAGCGAGGGAGGAAGCCGCUGCACCCCGACCUGAGGGCUCUAAGGCAGGCAAAGAGCCGCCCUCCCCCGCCGCCGCCUCCACCCGCUCCACGCCACCACCAGCUGCCCAGAGACGAGCCGCGGCCCAGCGUGAAGAAGCCGCUGCAGCCGGCCAGCUUCACCUACACCGGCCUGAGCCGGAGCUCCAGAGAUGAGGCCGGCUCCGCCUCCCAGACCUCCUCCGCCUCCUUCUCCCAGGCCUCCAAACCCGGCGCGCUCGGCUGCAUUUGGACCAAUCGCUCCCUCUCAACCUCCUCCCUGUCCUCCAGCUCCGCCUCCCAAAACAAAGCCACGCCCACCGCACAGAAUAAGAACUCUGUGUCAGAGCUGAAGCGCUCUGUCCCGGAGAUGGGCAGAGGAGACGGCUUUAAGGUGACGCCUCUGAAGCAGGGUGGAGCCUCUGGGUCGCUGGGACUGCACAGCAGCUUUGGGGGAGGCGCAGCGGUGCAGCGCCCCCUGCUGGCUCAGAGGAGGCAGGAUGGCAGCGGUGGUCAAAGCGGGGUGGCUCCACACAAGCAGCUGAGCACGAGUCUGUCCAAACCGUCAUCGUCAGCAUCGCCGUCGUCCCGAGACAGAGCCAGCCAGGCGCUGAGCCUCCGUGCCCUUAACCUGCAGAGCGUCGGCAAACUGCCGCCCACGAGCAGCCUUCAGGGAAGCAACACCAGCGGGAUGGCUGUAGCAAGAGCAAACCCACGAAGUAGCGGCAGUGGGAUGGUCGUAAAAGGAGGAGCGAAAGACGCUCGCGCUGGAGGCGGAGCUACAGAGCAGGGCAGGAUGAAGGACAAACUGACGGGUGGUGGCACUGCUCGAGGGAAUGGUGGAGGGCGGCAGGACGGCCGUAAACACGCGCUUGGCUCUCAGAACAGGAACCUGAACGAGCUCAGCACCGGCGACUCCGACGAGACUAGCACCAGCGAGUCGGAGACGGAAGACGCCCUGUUUCCUAGCAACAGCAGACCCAGCCUCGGCAACAACGCCACCGACUCUGACACGGAGACGGACUGGAGGCCGGCGCGGAGCCUCCUGGAACACGUCUUCGUCACAGACGUCACAGCCAACUUCAUCACGGUGACGGUGAAGGAGUCGCCAACCAGCGUGGGCUUCUUCAGCUCCCGGAACCACUGAGCCAGGCGCUCUGCUCGCUUCCUAAAACAGCUCAGGGUUCCUACACCUCUCUGGAAAUCCAACACUCAGUCAUUCCCGGCGCCUCUAGGGCGACCCUUCGGUUCCAAGAAACAAAAACACGGUGGAGAGAUCGGAUCGAGAAGGAAACUCCUCACAGUCGGCAGUAGGAACCCUGACGUUCAGACCCCGUUCGCACCUGAGAUCAGGCUGCAGUCUGCUGACCUUUAACCUGUAAACAGGUCACCUUCACAGGGUCAGAGGUCAGGUGACUUUCAUACCCUUUUAGAGAAAGUCUUCCUGUUAGGACGGAAAAUCUAUUAAAAAAAAUAGUCAACGUAACAAAAUGACUGUUCCCUCCUCUAAGAUAUAAUACACUACGACUGCCAGAAGGGGGCGCUGAUGUAUGGGCUGAGAUUGUGUUCAUAAAUGUUGUGUUUUGUAAAUCAGACUGCUCAGUUUUGUAACCUUGUAAACUAAACUAUCUGAAAAUGUUACAUUUGUGUAUCUAAAGAUGAGAAUUUGUGUGUUUGUAAAGAUAAUUACGAUUACGCCGUCCUCCAUCUUUAAAAUAUAUUACCCUUCCAGGACCUGAGGCUCAGUCAAGCUCCACUCUGACAGCCAAACCAUCUGUUCUCUGAUUGGAUUGUUAAAUUUGUGAUUGACGUGACAUGGACCAAUCAGCUGAAAGGAAGAAAACUUGGAUCUGUAACCAGACCGUAACAAAAAAAAUGUGUAACCUGUGUAAAUAUUUUUUAGACACACACAAAUUCUCAUCUAUAGAUGCACAAACGUAACAUUUUUUUUUAGAUAUUUUAGUUUACAAAGUUCUAAAACUACAACUACUCAGAUUUACGAGUACAAAAUAUUUACGAGCACAAUUUGAGUCCAGACCAAUGAACCUAACAGCUGAUUGCUGCCAUCGGCGAUGGAGGGAAAAAGAAAAGUCUGUGAACGUCUUGAUGCAUUCUCAAUCAUCCAGGAAAGUAAAUCUCCAAAAGUUGAAUCUGUUCAUCUGGACGUAAAGUCUGUGAAACUCAGAGAGUAUGUUUGUUUGAAGUAGCGUUCCUGCAGGAUCGUCCUCGCAGUUUAAAGUCCUCACGCCUGUACUGAGCACGCUCAUGUCGAGCAAACAAACAGCUGCUCACUGGCUGCAUAUAAACACCCCCGGCACCGCCUCACCUCUAGUUUCUCUCUGUCUUAAACACAGAGAGCCACUGAAAGACAGAAUUAUUGAUCCGAUUGUUUCUGAGCGACACGCCGCCCACAUCCACAGCUGCUGUCACUGAACCUCGGACUGUCACAGCCAGCGGCUCUGUGGUGUCGGCGGUCGCUCAGUGCAACGUGAAACCAUGCCACUAUGAGUUAGUUUGUUUCUCAUCUGAAAACAUGUUUUGUUCAGUCGCCCAAUAAAAAGAUGAAAUCGUUCUUGAUCACAAAGUGAUGGAAACCCGUCCGCUCGGUUUUUCUCACAUCGCUGAAGCGUCUCAGGUCGCGUCACGGAUGCGUUUUGGUGCUACGCUGCUUACAGCACAGUCCGACUAUUCUGGCGUCCGUCAGCAGGCUUUGUGUUCUCGCCUCCUCAGGUCUGCAGACUGCAGCUCUGAUGGGUGUCUAAACGGGGUCUGGACUCACAGCAGGACUGUUGGACCGCCGCUCGGCGGGAUUAGCUCCAGUAGGAUAUUUGUGUUUGUUGGACGUACGUGGCUUCUUCCAGGGCAGCAUGUUUAAAAAAAGAAGUUUCCUCCAUCCGUCGUCUUUCAGUUCUCUUUGGACCAAAGGUGUUACGAAUGUGAACUGUCUCGUUCUCAGUGUGGUAUCGACAGUGUUUCUUGCACUACGUGCAGUAUAAGCUCAUGAGACAUCCCAUAAUCACUUCUAUAUAUGUACAUAUAUAUAUUUACCAGUUUUGUACCAUUUGAAACCAUCGCCGUGUCUUUUGAAGGUGAAAUAUGUGUUAAUUUAUAUUUGUAAAUAUGUUUUUCAUGUGAUAUGUAAUGAUCUAUGCGGUGCUCUUUCUGGCUUUUAGCGUCACGUACCUGUAGCCUGAAAUAAACCAGAAGCACCUGAAACUUCACGGCUCCUUCCUAGUGUCUGUGUGCUGCCGUGUUUCACCACCAGGUGGCAGCGCUGCACAGAGAGUAAAGUGGAGGAGUGGAGCGCGGAUGCAGGUGCUCGCUGACGGGUUGAUGACCAGGAAAAAACAGUUUUAAAUGAAUGCAGUUAACAGGAGGUUUGCAGGUCAUAUGAUGUCACACCAGUGACAUCAUCAGGUCACAUGGACGGAGCGUCCAACUGAGACAAAGCACUGUUAAUAAAUCAGUUUCUGUAA